GUCGUCAAGGGCUCGACAAAUUGCAGAUUAAAAACUGCUCUACUCCCAGGAGGACAGUCAUUAACCACUAAUUGAGGGCCCAGUUCACGUAAAACAGGAAAUACAUAAAUUCAAGGACAACAAUAGAGGUCUAAAAGACUUCUUUAGCAGUAUAAAGCCGCUCGCACACAGCCAAGUCAGUCAGUCGUGAAGWAGUCGUGCGCUGAGUAACAUCUCACGGGCACUAUUUCUAAGUUAAUAUGGCCAUGGAAGGYCCUAUGGGUUUUGACUUUCCAUUCAACACUUUAACUCAGGGUGACUAUAGACAGCCACCGUCGAGAUUYGGGCCGCCGAUUGCCAACAUGUUCAAUCCCAGCGAAUACUUGGUCAAGAAACCAAGUYCUGAMGACCUUCGCGGACACUACAAUCACAGCUUGGAAGGAAUUCCGGACGGAAUMCACGACCAAGACCAUCAUGACUUACCUUUACAGUCUUCAGAACCUUACAGUUCUUCGUCGUCUUCAUACCCGGUUCCUAACAGCCUACACACGUACGCAGGGCCAACGUGUAAUCAAAUCAACCAAGAACCCAUUGAUGGCAUGUACCGUGAAUAUCCGCUAGGAGCUAUGGCAGAUUACAGCUCGUCUAAAGGAGAUGGCGGUUUAAGACUMCAUCCAUCCAUUCCUGCGAUUCCCGGUGUACAGUCACAGAAACAAKCCAAUAAUUAUGACAUGAGAACUCAUUUAUAUCACGGUCCGCAUAAUUUGCCUACUACUUAUCCUGUUGAUGCUAGYACACCAAUGUAUGGUUAUUAUCCUUCCAGUACUGCGAAAAGUGCACAUCUCUACCCGCCUAGACCAUACCCACCGUCCUAUAGCAUCCCAGCAUCUUUCGACCCAAACGAGUCGCCAUUUCCAAGUGAAAGUCACGCUUACUCCAAAGACGAUGCUAAGGGGUUUAGUGGCUUCGUGAAUCACCGAGCAGAAAGUAAAAAACACCCGAACUCCGUCCAAGGAGACAUCAAAGAAAUCGAAGAUGUCGACGAUAAUAAUCGAUGCAAAAACACWGUCGAAGGAACUAAAACCUCUGUCAGAAGGUUUAAGAAGUGGUAUAAAGACAAAACGGGUAAAUCUCUAGACAUGAACUCUCUUACCAAACAACUAGCCGUCGAACUACUGAAAGACUUUUUUCUCGAGAUUCGAGACACAAGGCCAGGCAAGGAGGGCAACGAGUACGAGCCUGUUACUCUGACAACCUACAGAAACGGUCUUCGUAGAUAUUUUCUCGAAAGAAAAUGCCCCCCAGCGCUGGAAAACUUCGACCUAGCCGAUCGCGAGUUUGACGUUGUGAAUUAUGGCCUCGUUACGAAAAGAAAUGAAUUGAAGAGAAAAGGAAAGGGGAAUCACCCUAACGUUGUGGAAAGCAUAACAGAUGAACAGCUCGCUAGAAUGUGGGCUACAGGAGCAAUUGGAGUGCACGCACCUAGACCACUUCUUCGACUACAAUGGUGGAUUAACACCGUGUGCCACGGCAUUCGUGGAAGGAUGGCGCACCACGAUCUCAGCGUCGAUGACUUCAGAAUAACGCGUGCUGCCGACGGCAAGAUAGUUAUUGAUCAUGUAAAAGCCGGUAAUAAGCGACAUCGCAUCGGGCCUGAAGAAAAAGACCCGCAGAGAAGCAAGAAACGAUGUAAAGCUAGAGUUGUGGCGACCGACGGUGGGGAACGAGAUCCGGUUCGCGCGUUCGAAGUGUAUUUGCGCCACCGUCCUCCAAGUAUCUCAUCGUUCUACUUGACUCCCAAGCAUAAACCAAAGGGAGAUAUUUGGUUUAAUAAAGUCCCCAUGGGUAAGAACUCCAUCGGAAGAAUAAUGCGAGAGAUAAAGGCUAUAGCAGGCAUCGGAUAACGACCUAGAACUUAUAGAACAGAGACUUUAUGGGAGUUGAAUCCCACGUAUAUUUUAGCAGGUACAAGAACUUAUUUACGCAAAUGAGACCCUAAAUAGGCUACACAAAAAACAUGCUCAUGAUACCAUUAGAGAAAUCUUAACAUAUAUACAUAAACUAUAGAUUUAUUGAACAUAUGAAGUUAAAGUUGUUUAGAAGUCGAGUAAUUUUAAGUGUGAAAACAAUAGGUAAAAUCCCUUAUCCAUAUAUGACUUAGUUCAAAGGUGUAGAUUUAUCAAAGGCCGAGUUUUAGGACUUUUGAAUCAAUUUGUAUCAAUUUCUUUAAAAUGGAAUGCCCGUUUUCCAAGUGGAUUGAGCUUUUCUUACAAAGAAAAGAACCCAAUCUUGUAAUUUAAUUCAAAAAACUAUCCAUAGYUCUAUAAUUGUAACAUUUGAUGACUUGUCUWGUAAAUCAAAAGAAAGUUUUGCUCAUAUAUUGAUCGCCACAGGCGAAGAUUUAGCAUAAAAUUUCGUUUUCAACAUUUAAUUGUUUCCCCAAGGGUGUUUCUAUACAUUGUGARGCKCUUAUCACUUCAUUCACAGUUAAAAGCUUUAUUUAAACUUUUAGAGUCUAACUCUUCUAUAGAAAAUUAUUAAAUCUCUUAAAUGGAAGGUUAGGGUCAUCACAGGAGGUCUACAAUCGCUUGAUGUGUAAAUUUCUUUAAAAAGGAGUUAAUAGGCAUCUUAAAUCCCGCUUCUCUCGAAGCUCCUGUAUCAUUUUCAAAAUUUAUAUUAUCUGUACACAGUUCAGCAUAUUUUGUUUACAUUAGAUCGUAAAGUAUAAGUAUAAAGAUCCAAUUAUAUCAACGUUUAAAAAAUGUAAAUAAAGUCAACAGAGAGAAAAGUAAAGUCAAAUCGUUUGAAGCCA